AUGGCCGGCGCGAAAGACGGUGGCCUUAAGCGCCUCUCCUGCGAUAAUGACGACAAGAUCGCGAGGGACUGGUUUGCGAGCGAGGCCCAGAAGUUGGGGUGCAAGUACGAGGUUGAUGCUAUGGGCUCGCAGUGGGCCACCCUCGAGGGCGAAAACAACGCUUUGCCUCCGAUUGGGAUCGGCUCGCACCUUGAUAGUGUGGAGAGCGGGGGAAAGUUCGAUGGUCCGCUUGGUGUGCUCACGGGGCUUGAAGUCGCCAGGGUUAUAAAAGAGGGCGGGCGCAAGACGUAUGCUCCGAUCAGUGUAAUCAAUUGGACGAAUGAGGAGGGAGCGAGGUUUCCUCCUGGUUGCAUGGCGUCAUCCGUGUGGUCAGGGGUCUUGGACAUCGACUACGCUCACAAAUGCACCGACACCGCCAACCGCAGCAUCACCAUCAAGGAUGAACUAGCCCGGAUCGGAUACCUCGGCACGAAGAGCGUAUCUAACAAGACUAACCCCUUGAGUGCUCACUUCGAGAUUCACAUCGAGCAAGGAACUCGACUUAAGAAAGCCGGAAAGGAUGUCGGAGUCGUGGACAGCGUGCAAGGCAUGCAGUGGUUUGAUGUUUCACUACGCGGAUUUACGAGACAUACCGAUACGACGCCCAUGGACCUGCGACAAGAUGCACUGGUCGGCGCCGCGCAAAUCGUGCUCGAAGUGGAGCGAAUCGGCCGUGCCUCUCAGACAGGCAUGGCCACUGUAUCUUUGUUCAAAUCCUGGCCUCAAAGCUUUUGCAACAUAUCCGGAUCUGUAGACUUUUCCUUCAGCAUGCAGCACUCGUCACUUCCGGUUCUGAAGGACAUGACGGCGCAAAUAAAAGAGUUUGUGCACAAAGUUGCGAAGGAACGAGGUCUGGAGGUCGCAAAGUACGACAACAUCGUCAACUUUGAUCCUGUCAACUUCGAUGCGCAGGCCGUUGCUUGUGUUGAGAAUUCCGCCAAGGAAAUGGGGUACAGUUAUGAGAAACUCAUUAGUCACACCGGCCACGACUCCAUCUUCACAAACAUGGUUUGCCCAACUGCGAUGGUGUUCACACCCUGCCGAGACGGCAUAAGCCACUCGCCUUUGGAGUAUGCUUCUCCGGAUAAUUGCGGGAUUGGAGCGCAAACUCUCUUGGGAGCAGUGUUGAAGUACGAUGAUAUUUUGCGCCGGAUGCACUCAAAAUAGGAUCAUGAU